UUCUGUCGCGUUACAUUCUAAUUUAAUCCCUACAUCUGCUAACAUCUGAAACCUAGCUAUGGCCCGCACCAAGCAGACCGCACGCAAGUCCACGGGAGGGAAAGCUCCUCGCAAGCAGCUGGCCACCAAGGCCGCCCGUAAGUCCGCCCCUGCGUCAGGAGGCGUCAAGAAGCCCCACCGCUACCGCCCCGGCACGGUGGCCCUUCGGGAGAUCCGUCGCUACCAGAAGUCCACGGAGCUGCUCAUCCGCAAGCUGCCCUUCCAGCGCCUCGUCAGGGAGAUCGCGCAGGACUUCAAGACGGACCUGCGGUUCCAGAGCGCGGCCAUCGGGGCGCUGCAGGAGGCCUCCGAGGCUUACCUGGUAGGCCUGUUCGAGGACACCAACCUGUGCGCCAUCCACGCCAAGAGGGUCACCAUCAUGCCCAAGGACAUCCAGCUGGCCAGACGCAUUCGAGGAGAAAGAGCCUAGAGACCUUCAGGCUCGGGGUGUGUCGUCGGCGCCGCCUCGCAUUCCGGGGUGUGUCGUGGCGGGAUGUGUCGUCGGCGCCGCCUCGCAUUCCGCGCCAUGGAUGCUGUCCGGAGAAGAACACUUGUCCGUUUAGCAUAAAGCGCCUUAACUUGAGACUGAAACGCUUUCUAGAAUGAAAAGACUAACAUUUCCGGUGAUAAUGUUAUUGUGCUUAAUGAAAGCACUUGUUUCUUACUUGAUGUCAUUUCUCGUUUCACAAAACCUCUAGUGUAUCGCUGGAAAUAAACGCAUGCUAAGAA